AUGAUCUUCCACACAGUAGCCUGCAUUCUGGGUUCUAUAGUUACUGUAAAUGGAUUCACUGGCUCCGAUGAUCCUCGCUUAGGACGUGGUCGGGGCGCUCCCAUGCCUGGAACCUUAAGCUCUGUAGGAGGUUCUGGUGAAGAAUCGCCACCAAUCUACAGGCCAGGAUCGCAGGCGUACGUCGUUUCCCAAUUCGUGAAACCAAAACCUCCCCACCAGUAUUGGGAAGAGGAGACCAGUUUGGAUCUAAUACCGGAGAACAAGAACUGCCUGUUGUGUGAGGCGCAGGACUCUGGAGCCUGUAGGGCAAUGCCCUCUUGUGUGUAUUGUGAACCAACAGUCACGGCCCUCUGCGAGAGAAGCACACCGUGUCUUCGGUGCACUGUAAUAAAGAACCCGUUCUUCAAGUGUAUUCCAGGUGAGAAGUACAUGGAUGAGUGUGACUCCUGCCGCUGCACUGACGGCCACAGUGGCUGGUGCACUAACCAGUUCUGCGAAUUCAGAUCUUUGUAUGUUUAUGCUAUGAAAUUGUCUGAUGGAGAGUUUUAUUGA